AUGGAAUCAAAGCACCUGAACUGCUUGAAAGAUACUCAUAGUGCAAGUACAAAUUGUGGACCAGUUGGUGGUGAUGUAGCAGCAGCAAUUUCCCGUGAAGUUGGUAAACGCAGCAAUAUUGCUAUUGCAGUUAGAAGUACUGGCAAUAUUAAACCAAAAUUGUUAAAUUCACUAAUAUUAUUACAAAUUAAUAAACGUGCAUUUUCAUUUAAAACAGAAAUUAAUAUAACAUCUAAUGAUAUAUUAACUUUAGCUGUUGCAUCAGCACAAACCUUACUAGGUGUCAUACCUGGUGUUGGACCAUUUCUAGCAUUAGGUUUUACUGUUAUAUGGUCAUUAAUGGGUCCCAAAUUUGAAGAAGAGGAAGUUUCGUUAGAAACUCAAGUUCAAGGUUAUGUACAAGAAGCAAUUGCACUUUCAAAAACUAAAAUAUAUGAAGGUAAAUUAAUACAAGUUCACGAAAAUUUAGAUUUUUAUAAUCGUUCAGCAAUGGAUUGGUUUAACGAUAAUUCGAGUACAACAAAACGGGAUAUUGUACGUAUGCGGUUUAGUACUGCUUAUGAUAAAGUAACAGGAAUUGUUAAUAUUGGUGGUGCACAAGACUAUUUAUAUGCUAUAAUUAGUUCAACAACACUUGCACAUCAAUUUAUUAUAACAUUAUUAAAAGACGUGACAC